AUGCCGCUCCUAGACUUGCCUCCAGACAUCCUCUCCGUCGUCCUUGCUUGCCUGGAAGCCAAAGACUACCUUGCAUUCUGCCAGUCUUCCAAAUCGGUUUACUCAGAAUGGCGACAAGAUCCUUUUUACUGGCGUACAGAAACCCACCAUACCUUCCGCCUGCCUAUCAGUCCUCUGCUUGCCGCCGACGGACCACGGUGGUAUUGGCUUUAUAAACGCCUGAAAACACAAACCCAACUCUACACCUGGGGUCAGGGACUGGCAGGCAAUCUAGGGCCAAUGCGAAGUCGGUCUGGUCCUCGUCGGCCACGACUUCCUAUGACCCCUCGAGUGAUUCCUCGUGCUCCUGCCCGGCCUACCUUCUCCAGAGUUACGUCUAGCUGGCCAACUGAAACCGACGUUCCUGCCGAAGUCGGCCCAAUUGCAGACCUUCAGUGUGGAGGGUGGUCCACCACGAUUUUAACUUCUGAUGGGAAGCUAUAUGCCGUCGGCUCCAUUAAUCCACGGGGUCAGUCUGCUGAGCACCUCACACAGCUUGAAUACCUCACUCAAAGCACAUCGGCUGUCCGUCAAUUCUCAUCAGGAAGAGCCCAUGUACUAGGACUUACUGACCACGGAGACAUAAUUUCCUGGGACAGAAUCAACACCAAAGGGUUAAAGGUUAUCUCCAGAAAUGGUUCUUUCGGAGGGAGGCCGGUAAGGGUUGCCGCAGGCUGGGGGGAAAGUUCCGCCUACAUACCUGAGACUGGAAUCAUUUAUUGGAAUCCUAUCGAGAACAGUGGAAGUGAUGAUAUGCUAGAUGCAAUGUCGGUGAGAGAAAAGGUCAUCCCAGGAACUAAUCGCUCCAAGACCGACACGGGCUACGUCGAAGUUACAAAGCAUAUCGUCCUGGAGGACUUCAUUGUUUGGAUCACUAGUGAUUCCAGACUCUACGCAUGCUGUCUCAGUCCUUCGAGUACAGACCAGUUAGGGCCUAUCCAGGCUCCCUUUGCAGUGCCAGGUUUCAGCGCACCUGACCGUGAAUUGAAGGACAUUCAAGGACAAUUCCGAAGGUUCGGGGUCUUCACAGCGGCAGGGGAGGUCCUUGCCGGCGACACCGACUAUUUGAGACGAUGGGCGGAGGCCAUCGAGACCCAGCCCGGUCUUCUCGAUACGGACGACCGGUCCACCAUCGCGAGCUUACUGGCUUCUCGACCCGGAGAUGUUCCAGCUUUGCAGCAUAGCAACGUCAUCGCCCUUGCAUUUGGAGAUUAUCACUACCACGCUCUCCACUCCGACGGGGCGAUCACCUCCUAUGGAGUAGAACCUCAAAGCUGCGGCUCACUCGGCCUCUCAGGACUAGGGACAGGGGGUAGGUUCCGUGGCCUCCAUAGAGUCGGACCUGGCCAUGGAAGAGACGCCGGCUUACUCCCCAUUGCCAACUCACGAGGACGACGAGUCUGGUUCGAGCCGGAGAAGAAGGACUGGUUACAAUGGAUGGAGGACCAGCUUCAGCAGCCGCACCUCAGCAUUGAUGGUCGGCCAGCCUAUCAUAUCUGGGAGGAUGAUUCAAGCAAGCAAGCAGCAUUCAGCGAAUGGAUUGAACAAGAAGGUAGUCAUUGGGAUGAAGGACCUGCGACAAGUUCAUGCACGACUUUGUCAUUUGACAAGCCGGCACAAAAUUUAGACGACUAUGCGAAUCUCGGGGCAUAUUUUCCUAUUGCCAUUGCUGCUGCAGGCUGGCACAGUGGAGCCCUGGUGCUGGUUGAUGAAGAGAAAGAACACGAGGUCCGGAGCAGGUGGGUCGCCGACAGGCAGAAAGGGGAGGAGACAACGCACUCAAUGCCCGGCGCAUUCGAACGUCUGAGCACAGAAGAAGUCUAUGUCUGGAAGAAAGAUGGAUUCCCAAAGGUCCGAUUACCCAAUGGGUACGAGAUGCCUGGAGAAGGCGAGCCAAGGCCCUGGAGGGCUGGAAUGCCGACGAUGCAGGAACUAGGACUUGAAGGGUAG